GAAUUAUAUUCUAGUUUAAACAUAAUCGCGGAAGAAUUGUCGCAGUUUUGCACACAUUAAAAGCUUUCUCAUUUCAAGGAUGAUACUCGGUAAUUGUAAUUAUUCUCUACAUUUUACGAUACUUCUAAUUAUUACGUCCUUCAGUGAAGAAUUUUUUGUGACAAAAAAUCGAAAAAAAACUUUAUCAGAUCAAGAAUUAAGAGAAAAUAUUCCUAAAGAACAGAUUUAUUAUCACAGAAAUGAUAUUGGACAUUUAAAUGAAUAUUAUCAAGAACGAAAAAAAUUAAGACAAGAAUAUGACGCGAUUCAAAAAGCCCUCGAUUCAAAUAAUACUUCAACCUUGAGGAAUAUAGACACAAAUAUUUCUGAUUAUAAUUCACCAAAUAAACUAAAUACUAAUUUAUUAGACUCUUUCCCAAUCGAACAUUCGGAUCAGAAUAUUAAUAUACCAUUAAAUAAUGCAAAUUUAACCAACAAUUUUACCACUGGAAUUCAAAAUACUGAGAUUAAUUUGAAUGAUAAAAAAUACAUGAAAAUAGGUGAAUGUAGAGGUGAAAUAAUUUACAAUCAAAAUAUUCUUAUCACUGGUGCCAAUUAUAGAUCAACAAAUGGAUAUUUGCUAGAAAUUAAUUUAGAAGGAAUAUGCAUUACUUGUAUUGAAAUAAAAUCAAAAAAUAACAGAGAAAUAAAAUUGAAAAUAAUUUCCGGUGGUCCAGGAGAGUCAAAUAUUUCAUUAAAUUUUGAGGAAUUAAAUAAAAAUUUUGAUUUUGCAUAUUUAUUAAAAGUUUGGGGAGUCGGAGAAAAAUGUUAAUAAAAUAUUAAUAGAAAAAAUUUGUAAAUUAAUUUUAAUUGUUUGUAAAAAGAAAUAAAUAUAAUUUUGUGGUAUAAAAAUAA